GGCGGGGUCCACGCUUCGGCACGUUCCUCGCACGGCAUUGUGGGAAGGGCGGCCGGUGCAGCCACAGCUGCCAUCUUAGGGGCGCCUUGCGCUGCGGCUUUCUCGUUGGAGGUGGCCUUCGUGGCAGCUGUAGACGUCGGGAAAAGGCAUAAAGUCCGUUGGCCGACACCUUUCUUUCCUCCGGCCUCGGUAGAACCGCCAGCCCGCGUCCGAAGGCGGAGGCGAGGGGAACUGGCCGCGUGAGGGGCCUGAGGCGAGCGGUUAGAGCGUCGCCCGGAAGGAUGGGCCGGUCUCGGAGCCGGAGCUCGUCCCGCUCCAAGCACACCAAGAGCAGCAAGCACAACAAGAAGCGCAGCCGGUCCCGGUCGCGAUCCCGGGACAAGGAGCGCGUGCGGAAGCGUUCCAAAUCUCGGGAAAGUAAACGGAACCGGCGGCGGGAGUCGCGGUCCCGCUCGCGCUCCACCAACACUGCCGUGUCCCGGCGCGAGCGGGACCGGGAGCGCGCCUCGUCCCCGCCCGACCGCAUCGACAUCUUCGGGCGCACGGUGAGCAAGCGCAGCAGCCUGGACGAGAAGCAGAAGCGAGAGGAGGAGGAGAAGAAAGCGGAGUUCGAGCGGCAGCGAAAAAUUCGACAGCAAGAAAUAGAAGAAAAACUCAUCGAGGAAGAAACAGCACGAAGAGUGGAAGAAUUGGUGGCAAAAAGGGUGGAGGAAGAACUGGAGAAAAGGAAGGAUGAAAUUGAACGAGAAGUUCUCCGAAGGGUGGAGGAAGCCAAACGCAUCAUGGAAAAGCAGUUGCUCGAAGAACUCGAGCGACAGAGACAAGCUGAGCUUGCAGCACAAAAAGCUAGAGAGGAGGAAGAACGUGCAAAACGUGAGGAGCUAGAGCGAAUACUGGAAGAGAAUAACCGAAAAAUUGCAGAAGCACAAGCCAAACUGGCCGAAGAACAGUUGAGAAUUGUUGAAGAACAAAGAAAGAUUCAUGAGGAAAGGAUGAAACUAGAACAAGAACGACAACGUCAACAAAAAGAAGAACAAAAAAUUAUCCUGGGCAAGGGGAAGUCCAGGCCAAAACUGUCCUUCUCAUUAAAAACCCAGGAUUAAAUUGCAAACUCUGAACUUUUUACAAAGAAAAAUGGAAAAACUUUGUAUGGUAGCUUCAUGUUGAAGUGGUUUUUUGUUUUUGUUUUUGUUUUCAUUUUUUUUUAAUUUGUAAAAUCUGGAAAGUUAGCUUGUUCUAAUAGGGGCUAUGCUCUGCAAUUCCCUUUUUUUUUUUUUUCCUUCCACUAAGUCAAAUCCUUAUCAGAUCAUUGUUGUCUUCUAAGGAGUGACGUAUUUUUCACGUGUUUGGAUUCUAUAUUAGUGGUCUGAGGAAGAGCAGAUCACAUUGUAAAACUAUGGAUGGUCUGAUAAGGCUUUUACUGACCCCACUGACUUCAGAGUUAUACUCUGUUUGCUACAUCAUAAUGCUGGUUUUGCUGACUUUUUGUUUUUUUAUAUAUUUAUAAAAAAAGAAAAAGUUGGUGAUUGCACUGGGAAAUUCCCAGGGUAUUACUGGACCUAUGUGGUGUAUUGUUAAACCAGUGUCCUUCUGAUACUGUUGCUCUUGAUGUUCCUGAUACAGGUAAGGAAACAGGUGGUCAACUCUGAUACAAAGUACAUAUACAGUUCAGUAUUGUCUCUGUUCAUUUUGUUUUUAUUUCAUUGACAAAAUCAAACCAGCAUUCCCCAUUGUGUAAAUAAAUGAUUUUGCUGAAUAAAGUAAAGUCUUAAAUUCA